ACAUGCUACAUGUCCGUUCUCUAACAGUCCUCGAUAAGAGGUUGCCAAUCCUCUGCCAUUUCAGAAGUCGACUCAGAGUGAUCACCGAUUCAUCCUCUCGAUCGCGGUUCUCUUCCCCUGGUCGCGCUCAGAACUGAACCCUCGGCGAUCAACGGAUCAAAUAUCAAGUUAUCUGUUAGGUAUACCGGUGUCGAUUGCGCUGCGACGAACUUCAACGAAUCAACAUGGCAGGAUACCCCCAAGUCGUUUCCCCGCCCCCAGGGAUGAUACCCGGAGCUGUAGGAUACAGCUCGAUGUCUCCCCCACCCAUGGCAGGAUACGCGCAAGGGUACCCUCAACCAGCCGCCAUGGGCUUUGCACCCAUGCCAGCGUACGGAGUACCGCAGGGCAUGCCAGCGAUGGCUCCGAGAAAUUCUCAACAGUUUGCUACUCCGCCUCAGCACAGUCCCGUCCCAACCGGAGCUACUCAACAGAAAGGAACUCUACGGCCAGGACAGGAGAUCAGGGUCGGCAAGCAGGUCGUCGUGGUGGAAAAGUACCUGAGCGAGGGAGGAUAUGCACACGUCUACUUGACACGGUCGCAGCAACCCAUAGGUCUGAACCGGCUGACGCGGCACUGUCUCAAGCGGAUAGCUUUCCGGGAUGAUCAGGGGACGGACAUGCUCAAAGAGACGGAAAAAGAGAUUCAAGUCAUGAAAGCACUCAGAGGGAAUGAUCGUAUCGUGGAGUACCUGGAUAGCGAGAUGAAGCGCCUGGAGAGCCGGAGAGAAGGAGGCCCGGGAUGGGAGGUGUUCAUCCUGAUGGAGUUCUGCGGGGGUGGAGGAAUCAUCGAUCUGCUCAAUAAGCGGCUGAGGGAUAGACUACGGGAAGACGAGAUCCUGACCAUCUUUGCCGACGUCUGCGAGGCCGUUGCCCAUAUGCAUACGCUACCACAACCCUUGUUGCACCGCGAUCUCAAAAUUGAGAAUAUCCUCUGCACCCCAGCAAGUACGACAAACUCGUCCUCGUCAUCAGCGAUAUCGUCAUUCCGUUACAAGCUAUGCGAUUUCGGCUCGACUACCUACCCCGCUUCACAUGCACCGAGAUCGAAGCGAGAAGCGGAGGCUCUAGCUUACGACCUCAAUAGGCACACGACGUUACAAUAUCGGAGUCCGGAGAUGGUCGAGCCUCUUUUGGGAUUGCCGGUCGGGUUACCAGCGGAUGUCUGGGCCCUCGGCGUACUGCUCUAUAAACUCUGUUAUUAUACGACACCUUUCGAAGAGCACGGUCCUCUUGCUAUCGUGAACGCGAAAUACACCUUCCCGGCCUACCCGGUCUAUUCGCCUGUUUUGCAGCAUCUGAUAGCAUCUAUGCUGGUGGAGCAACCAGCUAGACGACCGACGGUAGUCGACAUCCUCACCAAGGUGCACCGCCUCAGAGGGACUCGUCCUGAUCGCGAAUACGCAAAUCCUACCCUGCAAGUCGGCUCGUCCGAAACUAACAGGACGACGCCAUCGCCUACUCCAGCUGCUCCCGCAACGGGAAAUCUGCUCGACUUCCGCUCGCAGGAAGAUGUUGCUAGCUAUCGAGCAUCUCCGAGCAGCAGCCAGACCAAUCUCGCUGCGACCAUACAGCCACAAAGACGAGGACGUCCGACAAAGACACCUGGAGCCAACUUGCCCAACACGAACCGUCAACCUGUGGCUGACAAGCCUGUGUCAGCUCAGCCAGUACCGACUUUCCGAAUACAGGUCACGGGAGACGGGCAGCAAGAGACCGCUGCCAAACCAAACUUGGCCAGCGACAUUAAGCGCUUUGCGGCGGACUUCGGGGAUUCAUUUAUGCCCGAAGCUGGUUUGAUCACUCCUGCAGCUGAUGCAAACAAAGACAGUCAGCUUGGAUUUGAUGAUGGCUUUGAUGGCAAGGCAUCAAGAGCUAUCCCCACGCCAGAACCGCUUACCUCGGCACGCACAACGUCUCCCAUCCCUACCAACAUUCAAGGCUUCUCUGGAUUCGGUGAUUCUUUCGCCCCGCCAAAACUCGGAAACGUUGGACGUCAGACUAGCUCCAAGACGAUCUCCCUGCCGGUGCCGUCCGAGAUGAAGAGCUCGUCGCCAGCAUUGUCUUCGUCUUCGGAGCAUUCGAGCGCGUUCGAAGACAGGUACCCAUCGGUCGAACAGCUCGCUGCCAGGCAAGGUUCGGGAUCGGAUGGCUUGUUGGUCAAGUCUCCGGAAACGAUGUCGAAACCUUUGCGACCUUCCUUUGGUCGUCAAGGUAGUUCCGAGGUCAAUCCGCGAGGCCUGUCUUUUCAUCAACCCAGUAUCACCGGUGGGGCCGCGGAUGACAACCAAAAGAUGCGGUUGCUCUCUAUUGACGAAGCACCUCAUGCUCGUUCGACGCACGUGACCGGUACCGCCUUUACUUCUCUGGAAGGCAAGAGCCCGGUCAGGAACACGCAACCGAGUUUCGACCUACUUGAUAGCAUCAACACGGACUUGGAUUCCUCUUCCAGGCCAUCAGCAUCUGCUCUGCCACAAAACGCAGAGGUUCGACUUGAUACCGGAUUCCAGGAAUUGACCGACUCCGAACCUUCGAAAACGACCGACGAUGGACGGCUCGGCACACCUGCUACCGAAAAGGAACCCUUGAUUUCUUCUCCUACCACGAUGGAAUCAUCAACCGGACGUCAAGGCAGUCUACCUAAAGACCUCCUGACGGGAGGUAAUAACGGCAGUUUCGACGACCACAACUAUGCGGCGCUUUUACCUUCCGGACGUGCUACAGGCAAGAAGCCCCCGCCUGUCAAUGCGAAGCCAGCGCGGUUCGGAAACCAGGUGUCAGGUGCACCUCUAUCAGCCGGUUCGCCUGUGGCACCGGGGGGACAGGGAGUGUUGGCUUCGUCUUCGAUGGCCGCUGCGUCUGAAUCGUCGAAAGCUCCGAAACCUAGACCUUUACCUAGUAAACCGGAUCAUCUGCGUCGGCCCCCUGCAUCCCCAUCCAGAUCCGGCAGUCCGCGAUUACCACCCUCGUCCUACUCUCCCGUAUCUCCUGGCCGAGUGUCCAGUCCGCCAAGCACGGCCAGGAGUGGGAACGGGAACGCGAACGCGAACGGGCCAGGUUUCGCUUCAGGCGAAUAUCCGAGCCGGCCAGCGGUCGUCUCCCGUCGAAGUUCUAUCAACGAGAUGGUCGCCAAGUACGAAUCCCUCUCUUCGCCUAGACUGGAGAACGAAGGGUUCGACCCGUCGUCGGUCCCGAGGGCGAGAGGCCAGACGGUACCUAAACCCGCACCUAAACCUGUUCAACUCAAAGUCGGCUCUCAAGGUCAAGGUCAGGGUGUAGGAGUAGAGCAGGAUACAGGGUCGGGCCUCAAUCGGAGCCGGUCAAUGUUCCUCCCCGCUGAUGCACCUCGUCGACGGUUGACCCCGGAGAUGGACCGGCCGUACGUCAGGCCAGGAAGGCCGAUCACGACUAAAGGAGAUGCCGGUGCUGGACAACCGGACCCAGAAAUGGAUGGCGGAGGGAAUAACAAGGGCGUCAAUGCGUUGAUCGCGAGAUGGAACCAGGGGACGGUACCCGCCCAGGGAACCCACCCGUCCGUGGCGAAAGCCCGAGCGCCUUUGGGUUCGGGAAGAAGGUUGUAGUAGUACGAUCGAACGUGUAGGAUAGCCACUGUCUGGUACAUAUAGUUUGUAACUUGUAGCUUGCUACCCUGCCGGAUAACCCCGUUGCACGUUGCAUGUUGUCUCCCAUUCUGUUGUACCCCUCUUUUGAUGACGAUUUCCGAUGACG